GUUCUCGAGCGCCGCAGACGUCAAAACUCUUUCGGAUAUUUUUGCUGUCGGCCGCAGUCGAAAGUUUUAUUACUAUAAUCAUCAAAAUUCAACUAUCGCUGUGACGAUGCGUAUCUUUUGCUUAGCGUUCUCAAUUCAAUUUACUUUCUGCUACUGCCAAUACUUUUCUGGGCCAGAUCCCACAUGGAAUAUUCGUUCCAAAAAUGAGAUGAAGAGCAAGGACUUUUGGUUUUCUGAUGCCCAGAGUACGCUUUACGAAAAGCUAUCCAUGCAGCCCAAUCAAUAUCAGGCCAAGAAUAUAAUCUUCUUCCUGGGCGAUGGCAUGUCCGUGCCGACAGUGACAGCAGGCCGAAUAUACGACGGUCAACAAAGGGGGAUCAUAGGCGAACGCAAUCGUCUGGAGUUUGAAAAGUUUCCCUAUGUGGGGUUGUCAAAGACCUACUGCGUCGAUAAACAAGUGUCAGACUCUGCCUGCACCGCUUCCGCCUACUUAACCGGUGUAAAGGCCAAUUAUGAGACAAUCGGUGUAUCCGCUGACGUUAAGCGUAAUGAUUGCAGCGGAGCUAAGCUACCCCAAAAUCAACUAUCCUCCAUUGCAGCCUGGGCAAUGAGAGGCCACAAGUCGACCGGUCUGGUGACUACAACCCGUGUAACCCAUGCGAGUCCAGCUGGAGUCUAUGCACACACCUCGAAUCGUGACUUUGAAAGCGAUUUCGAUGUACAUGAUCUGGGCCAUGAUCCGAACAAUUGUCCGGACAUCGCCCAGCAACUAUUGGACGAGGUAGGUCAAGGCUUGAGGGUAGUGCUUGGUGGAGGUACCAAGAAAUUCUUGCCCAACACAAUGAGGGAUGUGUAUGGCAACCUUGGCCAACGUUUGGAUGGACGUAAUCUAAUUGAGGAGUGGCAACGUAGCAAAUUUGGCAAUGCACGUGUUGUCUUCAAUCGCACGGAUCUGCUGAGAAAUGACGCCCGCUAUACGGACUACUUGUUGGGUUUGUUCAAUACCUCGCAUCUGGCAUAUAAUUUGGAUGAUAGCAUUGAUACGCCAUCGCUUGAGGAGAUGACUGAAGCGGCAAUUGAAGUGUUGUCGCAAGAUCCAGCUGGGUACUUUCUGUUUGUCGAAGGCGGUCGUAUCGAUCAUGCCCAUCAUGAGACCAAAGCCAAGAAGGCUUUAGACGAAACGGUCCAGUUCUCAAAUGCUGUUCGAAAAGCGCGACAGUUAACCAAUCGUUGGGACACUCUGAUUGUUGUCACUGCCGAUCACGGACAUACUAUGACUAUUAACGGAUACGCGGAUAUAAACAACAAUAUAACCGGGUUUAACUCAGAACUAAGCGAUGUUGAUAACUUACCCUAUGCAACAUUAUCAUACGCCAACGGACCGAAUUAUAAAAAAUUCUAUAAGGUAUCGGGGAAUGAGGUUGAUCGCGUUGAUCUCCGCACUUUGAAUAUCGGUCAUAAGAAAGCAAGGUAUCCACAUGGUGUGCCCAUGUCUGAGGAAACUCACGGCGGUGGAGACGUUGCCGUAUACGCUAAUGGACCUUGGGCACAUUUGUUCAGCGGUGUUUACGAGCAAAACACAAUCCCGCAUCUAAUGGGAUUUGCAGCAUGCAUAGGCCCUGGAAUUACUUAUUGCAAUCUCAGACCCAAUAAAACUACCAGUCCUAUCGUAGAUUAAUACCAAAUAUUAAAAACUAGAAAAAUAAAUUAUGAUUCUCACAUGAAAAA